GAAGAAGAAGAGCACUUCCAGCUUAUGUGAAAUUCAGUUAGUUAGCCAGCUAAUUGAGAAGGAUAGCUAAGAAAAUAACUAUGAUUUCUGCAAAUAUCCUGCGUAGAUUACGACCCUGUAUUGUUUCUCAUUCAUUCAGCAACAUUCACAGCACAACUGCGCGACAUUGUUCGCCGUUCACCAUACCUUUUUUCAGAGUAGUGAGUGGGGACCAGCUAAAUAAUGUCAGAAGGUCGUUUCUCAACCAUAACAACAAGGUGCAGUCUCCAUGUCUGUCCACCCGUUGUCUGUCCAAGGCGACCCGGUCCGAGGAUGAGAACCUCAUUUAUACUGGCAGCCUGGGCAGCGCUGUUCGAGGGGUGAAGCUGUUCUCUUACAGCACCAGCGGGGCUAGCCUCUUCCUCAUGCCCCAAAUCCUCCUGAAGACUGGACUAGGAGUCCAGAGCUUUGCCUUACAGGCUGCUUUCUGUGGAGUCAUUGGCUUCUUCACCUUCCUCACCCCCAUCCUCCUCCACCUUAUCACCAAGGGCUACGUGAUCCGCCUGUAUCACCACCCAGACAGUGACACCUACACUGCCGUCACAUACAGCGUGUUCCUCACUGAAAAAAAGACUGUGUUCCACCAGAGGCAGGUCAGGGUCCCACCUGUCAGCAAGAUGUUCACUACCUUCUACGCUGACCACAUGGGGCUGCUGGUAAACCCAGACCUAUUCACCAUCCCACAAGAUUACAACCACUUGAUGGGCUAUGAUAAGCCCUUCAGGUUCAAUACAGACAGCAUGAACGAACCUGACAAGAGCUGAAGGAGGGACUGCAAACGGGUUUAGUGUGGUGCUAUUAUAUGAAUUAUAUCCACAACUCCAAACUGCGCAGUAUACACCCCAUCUCUACCUGGGUGGAACGUACAUGAAGGACCUCUCAAUCAAAAUCAUUUCUCAGCUGUACUUCCAGAUUAUUUUUGUCAAUAUUAUACAUCAUGUUAAUAAAUUAUAACUUCAUUAAUAUUAGAAAAAAUGAGUCACUCACUGACUUCCAGGACAUGAACCAAGUUCCAGUCAUGUUAUCUUCAGUUUUUCAAACAUGAAAUCUUUUUGUUCUGCUUUCUCAGCAGGACUAGAUGUCAGGACUCAUGUGAUACCAGAGUUGGCAGUUUUCCAAAACACUGUUUUCGUGAUCUUACUGUGAGGAUUUUUUCAUGUGAAAAAAGAAGCCAUACUUUUGCCAUUUACAGUUUAGCUGGCAUAAAUCAGCAGAAAGGAUUGUGGAGUUAAUACAUACAUGAGUUUUUCCUCAGUACCUAAUAAACUGAAGCCUGUUUUGAAAUAUCUUGUUUUAACUGAAUACGUUGAAUGUGCCAGAGGGAUUUAUACUGUUAGGAAGAACAAAUGCAUUUACAAAUCAAAGUUCAGUGGUAUUAAAAAAGGUGAACCCGGCAGUGUGUUAAGCACUGUUUCACUGAUGUCGGGCUAUCAUGACCAUCAUGCAAAUUAUUUUUGUUUUAUCUGCUGGAGUUUUAAAAGAUCUGUCACAAUUUUUCAAGUUGGUCUUAAUAUGAUAGUUAGGUGCCCAUUCUAAUAUUGAAACAGGUUUUCCUUGUCAGCUGACAGGGAAGGAUAUGCAAAGGGUUCGCCUCAAUAGUUUAUUUUAUUUUAGUUUGCCAUUUUAUUGUCAAACUUGCAUUCCUAAAACUUCCAAACCAAACCUCCUCUGCUAUUGAUGCAUGGAACAGGACAACCUUUUGGGUUUGACGGAUAUCUCAUUGUGUGCACUCUGUAAAGAUUGCAACCUAAACUGGAAAGGGGGAAAUCCUUCCCUCGAAGCAGUUGUGUAGGCCAUUUGUGAAAGCCACAAAGACAUAUCAAAACAAAUAGACAAUACCCAUCCAGCACUAGCUUAAAUACAAACAGCACUGUCAACACUAGCUGACCACGUCAAGGAAAUAGAGAGGUGGACAUAUGUGAACAAAGACAAUAUAAAAGAAACCACCAUGUACAUCAAGGAAUUGGAAAAAGAGGUGCAGUCUCUGAAGGACGGUAGAUCUUUGGAGAACAGGAGCAGGAAUAACAAGUGCAGGACCCACUCUACAGGCUUUAGGGAGUGUCAGCAGUGUCUUCUCGUUGAUGACAGUCACAUAUAUCUAUGUUAAAGGUUGUCGAGAGAAGCAGUCCAUUUGUCUGGGCUUGCUGCCUCACUGACUUGCCACAGAAACUGUCUCAUAUUCUCUGACUUCAUCCAGUAUUGAAGCAUGACGCACUCAUGCCCAGCGCCCUUGUUUAUUUCACUUUUGACAUGUAUUCCUAACAGUGGGACAUUUGUCUUUAUCAUAGUGCUGGGUGCUACACCGCCACACCACAGCUGUGGACAUUUUUAGGGAUGGUUGUUUCCUUUUCUGUGUUGCUCCCUUCACGGUCUCCUGACGUUAACAGUAGUGACCUACAGCUCCAGUGGACUGGACUGGAGGCUCAUGCUCCCCCUCUUCAAACUUGAAUGAGCUGAACAUCUUUUCAGUUUCACUGGUCAUGGCAUAAAUGAAGAGCAGACCUGGACCCAUCCUCUGUUUAAUGUGGUGGCUAGCCCCAAACAACAACCGUCCCUUGUUACAAUAAAUAACUCAGUGAGAGAAAAUCCACAUGAACAUUUGCUGUCAAAAUAAGAGUCAUUCUAUAAGAGAAGAUGAAAAUGAACAUUUACUUUCUCUUGAUAAAAUAUUACAAGAAAUUUAAGUUGUCCUUCAUAUUCAUCCUGUUUUUAAUGUUUCUAAUGUACAAAGCAUUUGGGAAGAAAAGACAAGUUAAACUAAUAUACUUGUCGAAAGAGUAACUCAGAAUGAACAUAGAGUUUGAAGGUGAUCUUAAUGUUGCUCUUCAGUAUCAUCCGUUUUUUUUAAAUGCUUUUAAGAGGAUUUCACUCGAUAACGUUUUAAUACAAACCCAGAUGAAGUCAUGUUGUACUUCUUAUUCAUGGUUUUUAUGUAAAAAAUAU